UUAUAGUUCAGUUAUAUAUGUUUCGAGUCGUGGUGACCCCUGCGUCGGCUCGUCCUGGUAGUGCGGCACGGAUAUAGAUGUCCGCAUGGCGCCUUGGCCGAGGGGCUUGGAGGUCUAGUUUGGGACUGGUGCCGUUUAGAGGCCGAUGGGAGCCGCGGUGGAUAGCCAGGAAAACCUGAUGCGGCAGCAGGCUUCACAGGCCUCAGCGACUAGCCCCCAAGCCGAGAAUGGAACGGGUGGAUUAAUUCAUGAGAGUUAUACAUGAGUAUAACUGAGAGUGUUUAUCGGUUCACUUUGACGUCCUAUUCUUUUGCUAUUCUUCAUGGGUGGCAUAUGACAUUUGUUGCGGGGCUCCGCUCCCUUAUUUCGUAGUGUCAGGUGAAACUGCUGUACGGAGCAAAAGUUGUGACAGCUCUCGCGACGCCUCAAGCUACCUAGCGUGCCACACCGAUUUAGCUACUUAGCUAGCUAGCCAAGGAGCCAUGGGGUCUAGAUGACAGAUAAUUAUUUACGUUCUGGGACUAAUUACUAGGUACGUUAUCACGUAGUUGGUUAGUUGUGCUCGUACAGGCUGUAGGACGGCUACGCGGUCUCCCGUGGCCCCUGGAUUAGCCUGUCGGCUCAUGAAUGCUAUCCGCCGUGAUUCGAACUGGCACGCGAGCUAUCCGCGAGGGACUGAGUUUGACGGCUGGCGCGAGGGCUUAGUCCGGCAGUGCGGUCGAUUGACGGUGGAAAUGAGUACUAUUGAGUUUAUGGUUAAGUCAGGGGUUUAGGGUUAGUUUUAGGCAAGCUGGUGUUUUAGCGCUAGGGUUAGCUGAGCUAGCGUUAGGGGGGUUAGCCGAGCUAGCGUUAGAGUGUAGGGUUAGCCGAACUAGCAACACAAAAGCCGACAGCCGAGCUAACGCCGCUCGUCCGAGGAGAUCCGCGACCACAUUCUCUUAGUGCUGUGGGCCGAUGCUUUGGGCCACUGUUACGUUGAGAUUUGUUUUGGGAAAUUAAUGUCAAUCAGUUAAGUUUUUGAAAAAGUUCCCAUAUGGGUAAGCUAGUCGGCUAACUAAUGCUAGCUACCUAGCUGUGUCAUUUGAUUGGGCGUUCAGAACUUCAUACGUGGUGCAAAGUUUUCAGCGCGCUGUUCAUACAAGCUUUUUUUUCUGUAGAACUUUAUAAAAUGGCGGAAACCCAGACACUCAACUUUGGACCUGAAUGGCUUCGUGCUCUGUCCGGUGGAGGAAGUGUCACCUCUCCUCCACUCUCACCAGCAUUGCCAAAGUAUAAACUUGCAGAUUACCGCUAUGGAAGGGAAGAGAUGCUUGCACUUUAUGUAAAGGAUAAUAAGAUUCCUGUAGACUUACAAGAUAAAGAAUUUCUGCCUAUUUUACAAGAGGAGCCCCUGCCGCCACUGGCACUGGUACCUUUUACAGAAGAAGAACAGAGAAACUUCUCAACGUCUGUAAAUAGUGCCGCCGUGCUGCGACUAACAGGGAGAGGAGGAGGAACGGUGGCAGGGGCUCCACGAGGUCGAAGUUCCUCGAGAGGCAGAGGUCGGGGCCGCGGUGAUGGAGGCUUUUACCAAAGAAGCUUUGAUGAUGUGGAAGGAGGGUUUGGUCGAGGUGCGCGAGAGAUGCAUCGUUCUCAGAGCUGGGAAGAGAGGGGGGACAGAAGGUUUGAAAAGCCAGGUCGAAAAGAAACAGCUGUGGACCAAUCAGAGGUUUCCCCGGCUCAUUUUCAGCUGAAUCAUAUAAGGUCCAACUAUGAGGAUGGUGGGACAGGCACAAACCGGAAGCACGACUUCACACGUUCCGAGAGUGAGAACUGGCGCACGUCCCGAGAGGAGCAGAACGGUGAGGAGGAUGAGGGGGGCUGGCGGCUAGCAGGCCCACGGCGAGAUCCUGACCGGUGGCGCCCUCACAGCCCAGAUGGGCUCCGGUCAUCGGGAUGGCGGGAGCAUCCAGACCAGCGCAGGCGCUUCCCCUUUGACUCCCGGGACGAGGACCGAGGGUAUCGACGGACACGUCUCGGCAGUGGUAGUCAGGAUGACGAACGGGACAGCCUUCCUGAGUGGUGCUUGGAUGAUGCUGAUGAAGAGAUGGGCACCUUUGACUCCUCCGGGGCCUUUCUCUCUCUCAAGGUGAGGGGCACUGAGCUCUCCAACCUCCCAUCACGCAAGAAGGCUCCCAAAGAGCCCAUUCCAGAGGAGGCAGAGCUAGAUUUCAGGCCGUCGGAGGAGUGCGAAGAGCGGGGGCGGUUAGAGAAGGAGGAGAGUGAGCCGGAAGAGGCCAAAGAGCUGGACAGAGCAGGCUGUGAUGAGGAGGGCGAUUCGGGAAGGCCCCAGGACGAGGCAGCGCCCUCGCAGUCUCCUCCAGCCCCGUCACAGGCUGAGCCCCCAGCUGACCUGCCCUCGCCUCCCAGCCAGCCCGAGAAGACGGAUUCCCCCCCUGAAAGGAACGAGAGAGCCGCCCUUCCGAACGUGCAGCCAGAACUCAACCAUGCGGCUUGCCCGGCCGGGGCAACCAGCAGCCUGGUGGAAGCCACCACUCUCCACCAUGCCCCCCCUGUGCUUCCAGAAAUCUCAGCCCCACUCCCCAUAACACAGCAGAAGUCCCCAGAGAUGCCUUCAACACUCCCAGCCCCACUACCUUUCCCAGAAGCCUCUGCUCCAGUAGCAGGACCCAUGAAUCAAAUGGACAUUGAUGAUGAUGAGGGUCUGAAGCACUUUGAGCAGGAGGCUGAGAAGAUGGUAGCAUAUCUCCAGGACAAUGCUGUGGACGACGACCGGUUGGCAGCUAAAAUGGUGGAUCGGAAAAAGCUCACGGCCCUCCCGUUGACACACGAAGGGGCACUCAAAUGGUUCUACAAGGACCCACAGGGAGAGAUACAAGGGCCUUUCUCAAACCAGGAGAUGAUGGAGUGGUUUCAGGCCGGCUAUUUCACCGUGUCCUUGCUGGUGAAAAGGGGCUGUGAUGAACUCUUCCAACCCCUGGGUGAGAUAAUGAAGAUGUGGGGGCGGGUCCCCUUUACACCAGGCCACUCACCGCCUCCAUUCCUGGGUGACGUGGACCAGGAGAGGCUGAAGAGGCAACGCGAGCUGACGGCGCUCAACCUGUAUCAGCUGCAGCAGCUGCAGUAUCAGUACCUUCUCAGGCAGCAGUAUGCCCAGGCUCUGGCCCAGCAGCAGAAGGCCGUUGCCCUCGGUUCCCCACAGCAGCAGCAGCAGCCGGCACCACAGAUCAGCCACUUGCUCCCACCAUACCAGGCUGUGAAGUUAAGAACAUCAGAACCACCUGUGACUCGUUCCAUGUCUGUUCCUGACUCUGGUUCUGUGUGGGAGUUGCAAAACCAGACAUCACAACCCUCUGGGGCAGCUAGCGUCCAGCAUGUAGCUCACAGUGCCUGGGAAAGCGGAAGCGUGUGGGACCUGCCCAUAGAACCUAUGGCUGCACCACCAACAAUGGAGCAGAUGCAGCAGUUGGAAAAAGUAAAGGCUGCCCAGAUGGAGCAGGACAGACGGGAGGCGGAGCUCCAGGCAAAGAGGGAAGAGGAGGAGCGGAAGCGCAGGGAGGAAGAGGAGCUGGCGAGACGUUCCAAGGAGGAGGCGCUAAGACGGCAACGGGAGCAAGAGGCAGCACUACGCAGGCAGAAGGAGGAGGAGGAGAGGCAGGCGCAAGAGAGGAGGAGGGAAGAGGAGGAGAGAAGGCAAAGGGAAGAAAUGCUCCGCAAGCAGGAGGAGGAGCUGCGGAACCAGGAGGAGCUCCGCAGGCGGGAGGAGGAGAAGCGUUUGGCUGAAGAGGCAGCAGUUCGGCAGCGGCUACAGGAGGACCAGAAGAAGAAGGAACAGGAACAGCGAAAGAAGGAGCAGGAGCUCCAGAGGCAGCAGGAGCUCCAGAGGCAGCAGGAGCUCCAGAGGCAGCAGGAGCUCCAGAGGCAGCAGGAGCUCCAAAGACAGCAGGAACUCCAAAGACAGCAGGAACUUCAGAAGCAGCAGGAGCUCCAACGACAACAGGAGUUGCAAAGGCAGCAGGAGCUGCAGAGGCAAAGACAGCAGCAGCAGGAGGCGCUCCGUCGACUGCAGCAGCAGCAGCAGCUGGCGCAGAUGAAGCUUCCAUCGUCCUCCAAGUGGGGCCAGCAGUCCAGCUCCCUGCCAUCCCAGACACAGACCGCCUUAUCCCUUGCGGAGAUCCAGAAGGUGGAGGAGGAGAGGGAGCGCCUGGCCCGAGAAGAGAAGCGACAGCAGCAGCAGCAGCUAAUGAAAGUCCUCCAGCUGCAGCAACAGCAGCAACAGCAGCAGGCCAAGCUCUCGGGCUGGGGUAGCGUGGCGAAGCAGCCACCAGCCGCCAAGUCCCUGCUGGAGAUACAGCAAGAGGAGGCCCAGCAGAUGAAGCAGCAGCAGAAGAAGGAGCAGCAGAUGGGCAGCAGCCAGCAGAGCCGGGCUCAGACGCGAGUGAACAAUAUGAGUAACUCAGUGUGGGGGUCCAUCAGUAGCAGCUCCCCCCAGUGGAGCAGCUCGGAACUGGGCAGCAGCAUCUGGGGCAGCCCUGAUACUAAGAACUCCAACCUGGGCUUUUGGGAUGAAGCCGUGAAGGAGGCCACAGUUCCCUCAAAGCGAAACUCCAAGAACAAGAACAAUGCCAACUUUGGGAACUCACUGAGUGGCCGGGGAAAUAAGAAGGUAGAGGAAGAGGAGCAGAAGUUGCUGAAGCUCUUCCAGGGGGUCACCAACAGCCAGGAUGGCUUCACGCAGUGGUGUGAGCAGACCCUGCAUGCCCUCAACACCGCCAACAACCUGGACGUUCCUACGUUUGCCUCUUUCCUGAAGGAGGUGGAUUCCCCCUAUGAGGUCCACGACUAUGUAAGAGCCUACCUAGGAGAUACACCCGAGGCGAAGGACUUUGCCAAGCACUUUCUGGAGCGUCGUGCCAAACAGAAACCCAUGCAGCAGCAGCAGCUGCCACAGCCACAGCAGGAAUCUGUCUGGGGAGUUAACCAGACUGGAUUACAGUCUAUCUUCCAGUCGAAUCAUGCAAGUAUGCAGCAGUCCAGCUUUGAGACCGUGCAGUCUGGGAAGAAGAAGAAGAAACAAAAGAUGGUACGAGCUGACCCCAGCCUCUUAGGUUUUUCUGUGAAUGCGGCAUCUGAGCGGCUGAAUAUGGGGGAGAUUGAGACAGUGGAGGACUUUUGAAAAAGCCUUCGGACUUCUGCCGACUCUGAACAUUUCCAUUCUCCGCAAAUACAGUUUUACCCUAUCAGCAUUUAAACAAAAAAAAGAAAAAUAGCUACAGCCCCCUUUUUAAGUUGAAUUUCAAAUGGGAACUACCUCCCCCCAGCCCCCCCCCC